CAAAUUUCGUACUUUUAUAAAUGUAAAUGUUCAUAUUUUGCGUCAUAUUCGCUAGUACCAUAAACAGAUAGGUAGAUAGACAAGAUAAUGAUUUAUUUCAUUUCAAUCUUGGUAAAUACACAGUGGUCGAGUGCUCCUGUUAGGUAUGAAGUACCUGCGUCAGGAGACCUCGCUCUUCCAGAUUACAGUUUUAGAUAUCUAUACUAAGAGAAGUUUUGAAAUUAACAUUAUAAUUUUAUAAUGAAUGGACAAAUUGAUAAAAUUAUCUCUCUUUCUAAUUGAUAAAAUCUCAGGCGCAAUUAAUUAUGCAGCCGUUCCGUCUUAAUAGAUCAAAAAUUAAAUUAAAUAUGGGAAAUCUCAUACACCUAGUUCAAGUUCUGGGAUAUUCAAUACUAUCUCUGGUCUUCAUUGAACAGUGAAAGAUUAUCUCAACCUAAUCAUUAUCACAUUAUCAGUUACAAAAUGUCCUCAAACCCGAUCACUUGUACGCCAAAUAAACAUCUGAUACGUCGGUGACAUUAGUGAAGGUGUGGAUGACAGUUUUAUUAUAGAAGCUUGGUACUAAUUGCGUGUUCAUAAUCCAGUUAUACUAUUAAGAGAAUUUACAAUUGGGAAAAUGGAUAAGCCGCAGAAGAACUACAUGCCAUUUCUGAGACAGUGUUUUCUAACGGCGAGUGUGGCCUUCAACAUAAUGGGGCACGGCUGUGUCGUUGGCUAUCCCGCAGUCUUGAUCCCCAGCCUGAGGCGGCCUGACUCCUACAUUCAUCCCACGGCGAGUCAGGAAUCAUGGAUUGCAUCCAUCAUCGGCUUCGCUUUCAUGCCGGGCAACUUACUAGUGAUGCCUCUCAUGGAUAUAAUUGGCAGGAAAAAGUGCCACAUCCUCUCAGCCAUACCAAUCUUAGUUGGAUGGUUCUUGGUUCUUCUAGCUGACAGCGUCCAAGCCAUAAUCCUGGCCAGAUUCUUACAGGGUAUAUCCAUGGGCAUAUUAGGACCUCUAGGCUCAGUUAUCAUAAGUGAGAUGACCGAUCCAAAGUACCGGGGAGCCUUUCUGACUUGCAUAUCAUUAUCCUUGACUAUUGGAGUAAUGUUUACGCAUACAAUCGGCACUUUGUUGAGCUGGCAGCAGACAGCCCUAUUGUGUUCCUUCUUAAGCUUCACUAGUUUGAACAUGAUUAUUUUCACUCCUGAAACACCGCCAUGGCUGAUAGCGAAAGGAAAAUACGAAAAGAGCAAAGAAGUGUUUUAUUGGCUACGUGGCGAGGGGCCCGAGCAAGAAGACGAGCUCCAACAUAUGAUUACAGCUCAAAAGAUGAUUCGGAAGUCCAGUGUCGCUGGUCAGAAGCUUUCAUUCUGCACAAAAACUAAAAGAUUCUUCAGAUAUAUAGGCGCCACUUUUAAGAAGCCUGAAUUUUACAAGCCUAUGUUGAUCAUGCUCCACGUGUUUGCUAUGUUUCAAUUCGCUGGCAUAAAUGUCAUCAGUUCUUACGCCAAGGAUAUCAUAGAACAAGUAGUGGGCCCUGAAGCAAACGCUGUACUUCUCAUGGUUAUAUUAGACUGCGAAAGACUCGUUUGUAACAUUUUAGCUGUAUUUGUUAUGCAGAAAUGUAACAGAAGAACGGUUCUGUUCACUUUAGGAGCAAUUUGCGUAACUUCAUAUAUAAGUAAGGCAACAUAUGUUCUAGCGAAGCAGACCAACUGGUUACCUUUCGAAAAUCAGUUCGUUCCUAUAUUUCUAAUAUGCAUGUACAUGUUUUCGCUUACAUUCGGUUUAUCGACAAUCCCUUUUGCGAUUUCUGGAGAAAUAUUUCCUUUGGAAUACAGGGGGUUGGGUGGUGGUCUCAGUGCAUUGCCAGUGUCUCUAAAUUUCUUUAUAGCUGUGAAGAGUUUCCCAGUUUUGACUGGAUCCAUUGGUCUUCCGUUCACGUACUUCGUGUAUGGUGGAAUAGUGUCAUACUGUUUGGUGGUUCUUUGGUUUAUUUUGCCAGAGACAAAAGACAGGACUCUUCAAGAGAUUGAGGAUGAAUUGAGAGGAAACACUAUGGUUGAAGACAGGAGAGAGUCGGAACCUCUGAAUGGCAAAAUUCUGCUGCGUCGGUACAGCUCCCAAAUCAUGGUACAUUAAGACUGUAUUUAGUAUUUGUAAAUAUUUAGGAACUCCUAUUUUUUUAUAAUUUUAGUGAUAAGCUGAUAAGACUCUGAUUAUAAAUUGACAAAAUUCCGUUCAAACUAUGUUUGGCACUUGAAAAUAUUGAUUGAUUUAUCAUGGUCAGCAGUGUUGACCGAACGUUAAUUGCAAAUAACCAUUAUAAAUUGAACCGUAAACCGUAACGGGCGGUUACAUUUUAGGGUUCACUUUAUAAUGGUUACAUGCCAAUAAUGGUUUAUUGCAUUGACGUUUCGGCCAACAAUAAUUAAUUACAUACUUAAGUAUAAUAUAAUUUAAUGUUAAUUAUUACGAGAAAUAAAUACUCUUUAAUGGUUUUUUGUUAGAUUUUAUAUUUUCGGUAAUCUCAAGUGGAACAAGUAAGCUACAUUAAUGACCAGUUACGGGGCCAACUUGUUUAUUACUUCGAUCUUACUGUUGAUAGACCAUUUCCCGUUUAAUUUAAUAGUAAUUUGAAGGCCAAAACGUUAUCUGCCUCUCUAUGGCUCUUGCAUAUUCGAGCGAUACAGAGGGGGAUAAGAAAUUUCGUUUUACGUGCUAUGGUCUCGCAACUUUUAAAGUCUUAAGUCCGUACUGUUAUCACAUUGUGUUCUGCGCUGAGCUAGUUCUGCAGUCGGAGCCGGUCAUUAGUCGAUAAUAGAGCUUCUAAUGCCGAGGUGUGGGGAUCGAAGGCGAAUCCCGUGGCUAAACGUGUGCUUAUGCCAUAUUUUUUAGGAUUUCGUACCAAAAAAGGGUAAGAAGGAACCCUUAAAGACACACUAGAACGAUCCGAUCCGGUCCGAGGACUCUGACACUUCAGUUUUCUUUCAAAAGCAUCACGUGAUCAGGGGUAUCCGUAAUAUAAAACGAAGUGUCGGAAAAAUACAUUACAAG